UCUCUCUCUCUCUAGGGUGAUCCAGAGCUAUAACCCCAGCUUCCCAGUCGGCUGCCAUGUGGUCAGUGAUUGUGGAUGGAGGAGUCACUGGGUGUGUGAUGGAGCAGAGCUGACCCCUGUGCUGCCAGACUGGCCCCUGGACAUCCCCCUCUCCCUGGCCCUGGGGGCCAUCGGCAUGCCUGGUCUGACAGCUCUGUAUGGACUAGAGGAGGUGUGUGAGAUAAAGAAGGGGGAGACUCUUCUGGUGAACGCUGCAGCAGGAGCCGUGGGCUCAGUGGUGGGACAGAUCGCCAAGAUCAAGGGCUGCAGAGUGGUGGGCUGUGCGGGGACAGAUGCCAAGGUGUCCUAUCUAAAGGAGCUGGGUUUUGACCAGGUCUUCAACUACAAGACUGUCACCUCUCUGGAGGAAUCACUCAGGGAGGCCGCGCCACACGGAUACGACUGCUACUUUGAGAACGUUGGUGGGAAGUUCUCCAGUGUAGUGAUGCCUCAGAUGAGAGAGUAUGGCAGAAUAGCUGUGUGUGGAAGCAUCUCCAUGUACAACGACACCACACCGCAGACAGGGCCGUAUGUACACACCUAUAUGAUCUUCAAACAGCUGAGGAUGGAGGGCUUCCUGUGUGCUCGCUGGAAACACAAACACCAGCAGUCACUGAGGAGGCUGAUGGCCUGGAUGACUGAGGGCAAGCUGAGAUGCAAUGAACACAUCACCAGUGGUUUCAACAACAUGCCUGCUGCCUUCAUGGGCAUGCUACAGGGGGACAACAUCGGCAAGGCUGUGGUCAAGGUGUGAUGAUGUCACAAUCACAUCAACAUUACACUCUUCCAGAACAUCUGGCUGAAGCAUUCCAGAACACUCCAGGUUCUAGAAUCGGAAUCGGUUUUUUAUUCAACAUUCCAAAUCCUUCCUGAAUAAUACACUCUAGUGUUCAACAUACAGCUACAGGUUUUGGUCCAGUGUAAUUCAACAUACAGCUAGACAGGUUUAGGUCCAGUGUAAUUCAACAUACAGCUAGACAGGUUUAGGUCCAGUGUAAUUCAACACACUGCUAGACAGGUUUAGGUCCAGUGUAUUUCAACAGACAUCUAGACAGGUUUAGGUACAGUGUAAUUCAACAGACAGCUAGACAGGUUUAGGUCCAGUGUAUUUCAACAGACAGCUAGACAGGUUUAGGUCCAGUGUAAUUCAACAGACAGCUAGACAGGUUUAGGUCCAGUGUAAUUCAACAGACAGCUAGACAGGUUUAGGUCCAGUGUAAUUCAACAGACAGCUAGACAGGUUUAGGUCCAGUGUAAUUCAACACACAGCUAGACAGGUUUUGGUCUAGUGUAAUGACAUUAACUAAAUAAAACAUGUCUUCACAAUA